AUUUUCAAUAGGGGUAAACACAGAAGCCGCCUAAUUACGCAUGCGCACAAGAUCUCACGCUGAUAGUUUUUAUCAAGAAAUACAAAAUUAACACUGCAAGAUGACAGCACUUCCUAUGAACCCGAAGCCAUUCCUGAAUGGGCUUACAGGAAAACCAGUGCUGGUGAAACUCAAGUGGGGCAUGGAGUACAAAGGCUACCUGGUCUCUGUCGACGGAUACAUGAAUCUACAGCUUGCAAACACAGAAGAAUUGAUUGACGGGACUCUGACGGGCAAUUUGGGAGAGGUCUUGAUAAGGUGCAAUAACGUUCUAUACGUUCGUGGAGUGGAGGAAGAGGACGAGGAAGGAGAGAUGAAGGACUGAUCUACCGUGACUGAUUUAUGAUUAAUUGUAACAUUGAUCCACAUACGGUUGAACAUCUGUACAUAUGCAUUGAUCAACAUUUUAUUCUUGGAUUAAGAGAUCAUGAUGCAACUCCAGGUCUUACAUCUAGUUUGUUAUUGUUGUCAUUUUUAUGCGCUUAAGACAGUUUAAUUCUUGUACAAUUUUUUAAAGAAAAGACAACGGUAAGUGAAAGGAAAAAAGAAACUAUUAACCAUUCAAAAAUGGAAUUUUUAGGCUCGUAUGUUAGCCUAGGGAAUAAUAUUUGUUCAUCUGUUAUGUGAAACCAUUUAGUAAAUAACGGUUUCAGGAUUUGAAAUAAAACUGUUGAGUUUAAAGACAAACAUUUGAUAUUGUUAACUGACCAAUAAUGUUUUUGUUUUGCUAAUAAAGAAUAGGUGAAACAAAA